AUGCGCUUCACUAAACCGCUCUGGUUGACCCACGGAGGCGACAAGAAGGAUUUCGAAGUCUACAGUUGUCACGUCUCGCCCGACGGAAGCCGUUUGGUAACAGCAGGAGGAGAUGGACAUGUGCGAAUCUGGUCAACGGACGCGAUCCGCAAUGGCGCCAACGCAGAAUACACCAAGCCCAAACAGCUGGCCGCUAUGAGCUACCACUCGGGCACCAUCCACUCUGUGCGCUUCUCUGGAAAUGGCAAAUACCUGGCCUCUGGUGCCGAUGACAAGAUUGUGUGCAUCUAUAACCUCGAUCCCAAUCCUCCGGCCCACACCACAUUUGGCUCCAACGAGACUCCCCCUGUCGAGAAUUGGCGAAUCUUCCGACGCCUGAUCGGCCACGACAACGACGUUCAAGACCUAGGCUGGUCCGCUGAUUCAUCCAUACUGGUAUCCGUUGGCCUCGACUCUAAGGUCGUGGUAUGGUCUGGUCACACGUUCGAAAAGCUCAAGACGCUAUCGCAACACCAGAGUCACGUCAAGGGCAUCACCUUCGAUCCCGCGAACAAAUACUUUGCUACUGCUAGCGACGACCGUACCAUACGCAUCUUCCGCUUCACCUCUCCUCCUCCGAAUGCCACUACCUACGAUCAAGUCAACAAUUUCGUCCUCGAAGCCACUGUCUCGGUCCCCUUUACCACAUCCCCCCUGACUACAUACUUCCGCAGAUGUUCCUGGUCUCCUGAUGGUGCUCAUAUAGCUGCUGCCAAUGCCGUAAAUGGCCCUGUGAGUUCUGUUGCCAUCAUUACUCGCGGCAGCUGGGAAAGCGAAGUCAACUUGAUAGGCCACGAAGGUCCCGUCGAAGUCUGCGCUUUCUCUCCGCGUCUCUUCUGUCCUGAGCCUCCUCCACCAGCUAGCGACAUUAAUGCUCAAGAAACUGCUGCUGCCGGUGCUGUCACCGUCGUAGCAUGCGCCGGCCAAGACAAGACACUCAGCGUCUGGAACACAAAUUCUCCUCGACCCUUUGUCGUCACACAGGAGCUUGCUGCUAAACCCAUUUCGGACCUUGCAUGGUCACCCGACGGCGAGACUAUCUACUUUACUAGUUUGGAUGGAACCAUCGCCUGUUGUGUGUUUUCCGCGGGAGAGCUGGGCUACCCAGCACCAGUUGUGAACAAUGACAAAGCUUUAGCACGCUUCGGCGCAGGCAGAAGAGUUGGAGUUGUUGAGGGUCCAGACGCUUUGAGACUUGAAGAGAAUAGCAAGGCUGGCGAGCUCAAGGGUGUCCAGGGUCGCAUGGGAGAGCUUAUGGGCGAUGGCACCGUUGCUGUUCCGUCCUUGAACGGGACCUCGGACAAGUCUGCUCCUGCUGCAACAACCAAUGGCACAACUAAGGACACAACAACGAAUGGCACUACAGACACUGCCGAGCCCAAGGAACCGGCACCACCACUAGACCCGCAGGUCGCAAAAAUCGAUAAACUCAAACAGCGUGUGACGAUUACGAAAGAUGGCAAGAAGCGCAUUGCCCCAUUGCUUGUUUCUUCGUCUUCCGGUGUUGGAGAGUCGUCAUUACCGAAACCACAACUCAUGUCCAGUGUCUCGCAAGCCAGUCGUAACGAUGCACCUCAGACAACAUUGGAUCUGUCAAAACCGUUCGAUGGUCUUCCUCGAGGCGGUCUUGCUUCGCUGUUACUUGGCAACAAGAGGAAGUUUGCUGAAAUUGAAGGAGACGAUGAUCGUCGUGCUGAGAAGCGCAUCGCCUCUAUUCAACAAAAUGGAGCCACGCCUGUGGUCAUCAACACUGCCGCUGGUCUCGUUCCACCAAGCUCAGCUGGUAAAAGCGUCACCGAAACCGCUGAACCGCUCAGACCUGCCAUUGUCAAUCCCAGCUUGACUACCAGCCAGGUCAGAUUAGCAGUACCCCUCGUCAGAGCGACCAUAGUCCGUCCCCUCGAUACAACUAACAACCAAGAAAACGAAGGACAGCAGAUGGACACAAGUGAUGAGCCAUCAAUUGUGUUCGAGGCACGUAAUGCCUCUGGACCUGCACGCACAGGUAGGGUCCAGGAUCGCGAUCCCACUCGCCUCACAGUCUCAAGGCGAGGUCAAUCAAUAUGGCAAGAUUAUCUGCCUCGAGCCGUCUUGCUUGUCACCGGAAACCACAAUUUCUGGGCUGCUGCUUGUGAAGAUGGGUCGGUUCACAUCUGGACCCCAGCUGGUCGCAGGUUGCUCAACGCCCUCAUCCUCGACGCACAACCCGUCAUUAUGGAUUGCCGAGGCUGGUGGCUCUUGUGCGUGAAUGCCGUAGGAAUGUGCUACGUCUGGAACAUCAAGACCAUGUCGUCACCACACCCACCAGUAUCUCUCGCGCCUGUGCUGGAUAUUGCUGCUACAGCUCAGCAGGGCCACACUACGAAUGGACCAGCCGUCAUGUUCGCUCGCCUCAACUCACAAGGACGAAUCAUAGUAGGUCUGUCUAACGGAGAUGGCUACAGCUAUUCACAAGCCAUGUAUAUCUGGCAACGUUUGUCAGAGCCUUGGUGGGCAGUGGGCAGCCAGUAUUGGAACACGGCCGACACAUCCAUCUCUACCGUGCAACCCACGACCAAGGGCGCCAACGGCACUUCCACUACUGAUGAUGACCUCAAACCUGAGAAUUUAUCCGCUGGAAUUAUCCCCCUGCUCGAACGGAAUACCACAACCCAAUCCUUGCUGCGUGGCCGUGCGUACUUCCUGCAAAGACUGGUCAAGACGUUGCUUGUUGCAGAAGGAUAUGAAGGAUUUGAGAGUGCUGUGAGCGUUGCACAUCUCGAGAAUCGUGUCGCAGCAGCCAUGACCUUGGGCGCACGCGAAGAGUUCCACCUGUAUCUUCUCAUGUACGCCAAGCGUAUCGGCGCUGAAGGCUCGAAGGCCAAGGUUGAAGAGCUACUGCGGUCGCUUAUGGGCAGCGUAUUUGAGGAUGAAGAGGAGAAGCCAAUUGAGGAAAGAGGACAAGGCUGGAUGGCUGAAGAAGGGGAUCUUGUUGGUUGGCCCCGAGAAGAGCUGCUCAAGGAAGUCGUUCUCAUCUUGGGCAAGCAUCGUGACCUCCAACGCAUCACCGUCCCAUAUGCUCGCCUUCUGGGUGUCCUCGAUGGCGCAAGUGAUGGCUUGGCCUCUUCAGCCAUGGAAAUCUGA